AUGGCAGAACCCAGCAAAGGCCAAAGUGAAAGCAGCACAAAGGGUGGUGGCAAACAGAAGAUCAGACACCCCGCGGGGGAGUCUGGGGCUACUCAGUGGAGUAAGGAGAGCAUCCAAGAGAGGAAGAGUGAUAGGGAGGUGGUCGCGACGAUCCUUAUCACCAUGGAAGCAGCGAAUGCCACGAAGAACAUGCUCCAGAGUGGCAGAGUCAAAACCAUAAGUGUCGUAGCCAAGGUCACGGUGGAAGGACUUCAGAGCACCACGAUGGCGUUUGAUGGUCUGAAAAGAGCAGGCAGGGGCUAG